AAAUACCUGGGACUAGAUUGUUCGAUGAGCCGGACAGCCCGCUGUGGGGUAGAAGGAUCGCUCUCUGAUCAUGCAGCUCCACGGGUCACCUGCAUGCGCAAGAUCAGUAUUCGUAUCAUUGGCGAGCCAUAGCAAGCUAAAUCACUGCCCCACGUCCGAGCAAAUACGAUGACCGAUGAGGCAGUUUACUAUCUGGCACAAAUUUUGGCCUCGACUUGUGCGCUCUCUUCGCGAGCUCAUGGCCUCCCUGAAUGUUCAAUACGUGUCGAUACAAGACACUUAUUUCCUAAUGACCGAAGUGCAACACCAACGCCGGUUCUGUUUCAGACAACGCUUCGUCUCCCUCGAGCAACGGCUAUCAUCGAGUGCAUAAUCUCCUUGCAUACGGCUGAAGUCGGCAUGUGAUGUCUUUGGUAUCACAGUACAACGCAUCCUCUUCG